CACACCCCCAAGGAUCUCACCAACUCGUCUCUCGAAAUAUGGGAAAAGCUCAAUACAAGAGGCGUAUUCGCUCGGCCAGACACCAUGCUAAUGGUGCACCUAUUACCCAGGAGGAUAUACCCAAUCCAUCUACACCAGUCAAUCCGGAAGUCGUACCCAAAUCAAAAAACAAGAAAGCUAAGAGCCAAACCCAACAGAAUGAGCGGCAAGCUACCAUUGCGGUCUUAGACAAGAUCUCCUCUCCCUCUUCACACGAUCGGAUAUGGUCUCUAGCAGCAAUGUCCAACCUCGUACUUUCCUCCGCAUCCACCCGCCAGUUGUUCCUUUCCAAAAAUCUCAUCCGUCUUCUCAUCAACCGACUCAUAGAAGAUGCAGACCAGGAAGACGUGCUUGUCGAAGUGACUGGAGUACUUCGAAAUCUGGUGAUUGAGGGUGGAAGAGACGUAUGCGGAGAGAUGGCCAACAAGGGCAUUCUCCAACCCUUGAACAUCCUCGUUUCCAAACUUCUAGCUUCAAUUCUCAACUUUCAAGACACAAAUGGAAGCGGCCUCCAAAAUACUCCAGCCCAGUCACUCAUCUGGUCUCGAUUGGUCUUGAUAUCAGAAAACGUGGUCAUUAUCUUAUGGUCUCUAGCGGAAACAUCUUCCAAAUGGCUGGACUCAGUUAUUGCCCUUCAAGAUAUAAUCCCCUUGUUAACCAAUAUCUUACGACUGUUCACCGAUCAACUCAAGACGAACCAGUCGGCCAAGGCGGCACACUCCUGCCACAUCGUACCCACCAGUUGUGCGUUGGCAUCUGGUCAAUGUCUUUAUGCACUCACAGAAGAUCAUCCAAAAUUAUCGAAGCGAUUGGCCUUCUCCGAUGAGUCAGCGAUUCAGCCAAUAAUUACCCUUUCCAGUACAACAGACCAACAAGGCAAGCAAUUCUCAUCAGAAGAUAACGAAAACAUCGAACUUCUGAAGGUGGUAUCCAUUGGUAUCUUGCGAAACAUUAUCUUACACGCUAGGAAGCGCGCAGAGGAGCUCUCGUUCAAGCCUGCGUACGAUGAAAACAUGCCCCAUAUUCUUAUUGUAAAGUUGAAAGUAGACUUGGGUCAGCUUGCUGCCGAAGCAGCUGAAGCCCAUAACUCCAUUCCAACCGCGCCUCUUUCCGAUCUCAACUUUACCAAGGCAUCUAUCCAAGGUCCUUCUCCUGCUGAGCUGAAGCUCGAGUCGAUAGAGCGCCGAUUAACAUUAGUCCAGCUCGCGCUUGAACUUGUUGGCGAAUGGUGUGCGUCGGCCGAUGGUUUUGAUGACGAUGAUGAUGCCAGUAGCGAUGGAUCAGAAGGCGAUGAACCUAGCGAAAUGGACGAAAUGGACGAUUCUAACGAGGGUAGUGAGCACCCUGAUGAUGAACAGGGUUCGCAAUCUCAGAACGAAGACAUCGAUAUGGAAGAAAUUCCUGUCGUCUCGAAACACGCAUCAGCUUCCAAAGCCAAUGGAGUCGAACCCGAUGACAAUUCAACUGAGCACAAAAAUAAUGCGAUGGACAUUGAAGAGUCAGAAACUUUCGUCCCCUCACCGCAAUCUACUCCUUUUUCGCAUCUGCUCAGCCACCUGAACAACCUGGCCAAGCCGACUCCAUACUUCUAUCAAUCUCGAGAAUCCGAACCUAUGGGGAAAAACAUUAUCCCCACUGCAAUCAACACCGACGAGAUGUCGUCCAGCCCAACAACCGGAACUAUUCCAGACCUGAUAUGCGAACUCUUAAGUGGUAUUCAUCUGCGUGCAACAGAUGCAUUGAAUAACAUGAUGAUCACAAUUGAUAGACUGGAAGGAGCGUCGACUCACUCUGAAAAGAAGUUUGUUUCGACGAAUCAGGACUCUCUUCACGCAGUGUGGAAAUCAUGCUGGUUGACUACCUCUGAGCUUGCACACCAUGCGCAUCUAUCCCGAAAAGGUAAACAAAAAGCUCCCAAUGGCUCUAUACCCUCGCAACAAUGCCAUAGAGAACAACUCUUGAUAUCCGCGUUGACCUGCUUCUGGAGUCUAUCACGCGUCCUUCUCGGCGCUGGAAUUUCGUCCCCGAUAAUCCAAGUGACGCCUGAUCAAAUUCAGUGUCUGGUCGAAAUCUUGCGGACGUCUGAAAACGAAACCGUCAAAGGUCGUGCUUUGACGACACUGAUAUGUUUAGUCAAUCGACCGGAGGUGUCCGUCGAGGAAAACACAGUUAUUGGCGACGUACUCAUCGACAUAAUCUCCAAAGCCAAUGCUCCAGCCAGUGAUAUCCCCAACAGUCUGUUGAUCGGAGCUCUUGAUGGGAUUUUUGAUGUGUACGCGGACGAAACACGGGCGUACGACGUGCCUGUGUUCCGGCAACGAGGGUUCUUGGAAACUAUCCAGGCCGCUCUUCCAACGAUUCAAGCAAUUGUCAAGAAAAUCGACAAAAGAAAGGAACCUGUACUCCGCCAACAGGCCGAAGAAGUUCAGAGCAAUCUAUCGGCUUUUAUCGAUUACCGGAAAAAAUUAAUUUAACCUACACAUAUCCGGUUAAUUAGGUAUACCUGUUCCUAUCCAGACCAUUCAAUCUAUCGGGUUCCCAAAUCAAGCAGUCCAUAGACAUAACACCAGCAGCCCGCAGCCCAAUCUUGACCCGUUUUAUAUGACCAACGUAUCUCUUCAGACUUGCUACAUUGUUUUUAUAUCGACGAUCAUAUACCCUUGUGUAUGUAAGACAUGAGAUGCCUACACUUGCACGGAUCUGCUUUUUUGUUUUUCUGUUUUGUUGUUGUUGCGUGUUAUUCUGGAGUGCCCUUCUUAAAAUUCACAUUGUUUUUGCAUGGACAUACCAUAAACGAAACCCAAAGUCCUGAUCCUUGAUUUUUCUUGAUUCUUAAAUGAAUGACUGCUAUUCCUCCACUGGGA